AUGAGUUACGGGUGGCUUACAGAGAGUACUUUAGGGCCAAAAAAACCUAAAGAAAUUACUGUUCCAAAAGGUUCAAUUGCGUCGUUAAAUAACAUUAUAAAGAGGCAUAUACAGAAGGAUAAUGAGAAACAUGAACAAAAACGAAAAUAUAAGAAGACUGACCUUUUCGAACUUAGUAAUCCAGGAGUGGAACUGAGAAAUAAAAUCGACAGGAAGGAAUCUACAAUAAAUCGCAGGGAUAGGAGGAAAAAGAUGGAAGAAAAGGCUAAAUUAUAUAAUCAAAUGAAGGAAGGGAAGCUGGAUCCCGGUGAAAACAGUGAAUUCUUGGUAGAUUUCAAGAGAAAAAUUCAAACUGACCAAGAGGAUUUAAAAGAAGGGGAAGAAGGUGUUGAGGAUGUAAAGUCGGAUAAAAUCAAUAAAGAAGAAGAGGGAUGA